AUGAACAGUCUUAAAAGAUGCUGUAUAUUGUUUUAUGCGAUAUGUCUGAUUCUUCUUUAUCGGCCUAACGGGUAUGUCCAUUGCACAAUGCCCCUGCUACUCCAGCUAGAGGUGCCCUGGGCCCAAAGAGUCAAUCCGUUUCUAACUGAGCUCAGAAAUGAGUAUCAACGACGAUCCAUUAGUGAAGAACGUCUAGUCCAACGUGCGAAUAUGCUCUUUGCCGAUGUUUUAAUGUACCAACUGGAGGACCAACACGCCGUGUUUAUUAAAGAUGCUAUAUCCAACGACGAGACAGAUGCAACGCCCAGCGAUGGGUUUAUUGUUUGUUUACUUGCACAUAAUAACGAAGCUAGACCCGACACAGAAAAGUAUCUUAAGCAUCUGACCGCUAUCUAUGCUGGAAAAGUAGCCACUGAAACUCUGAAAGUUGCGAGUGCCAAGGCUUUCUUUGAUCUUGCAUGUUUGCAUGCUAUCUUGUUUAGCGGCGGCAAGAACAGUGUGCCGACCGACCUCGGCAGUUCCCAAAAGGCCAACAAAGCCCAUAAUAAUUGGAACAAGUAUCUUAAAGAUCUUUUUGGACGCAAUUGGGCUCGCCUCCCAGCCGAUGCCGACACCGAACUGGGUUGUAAUAUUAAGAUGGUCACUGAGAUAGAGAAGGGCUUUCAACAGCUUUUUGAGAUAGAGCGUAGCGCUCCAGCCACACGAGCAGAAUUAGUAGAUCUUAUUGCUAACCAAUCGCGCGACCCAGGGGCCCAAGAUAUCUUUGGAGAAAAGUCCGCUCUAUUCUCCCACGACGUGAUUGAUGCUGUGCUUAAAUACGCCGAAAUGUGCUGCCGGACUACUCCUGAGGAUGGUCUUAUAACUUCGCUUAUUACUAAAUGGCAUCCACUGCAGCAUUCCUUUUUAUUACAUGAUACGGGCGAGACUAAUUUUGAUUUUGCACUUGAGAAUAUAGAUGCUUUUCUCUUAGGCGCCGCAGCACCUACUGCUCCUGAUGCCAAUCUACCUCCACCCGCACCACCAACAGAUCCCCAGGCCGCUGCCGCUGAACCAGCACCGGUAGGCCCGAUGUGCAGUGUUCGCCUUUUCAAAAGUACUUCAAUCUCUCUCUACAAUAAUCCUUGGAAACUAACAAACAGUGAUAUAGUCGGUUUAUAUAACACCAAUAAGAUUGAAGUUCGAAUUGAAGCUCUACUUAAGAACGAGGCAUGCUACCGCUACCUCACAAAGCUCUUGAUUCUUCUCCAUGUUUAUGCUCCGCAACGGCAAAUAGUGCUUACUCUAUACGCAGUUAAUGGAGGCGAGCAGAAUCUUGAUGGGCUUGAGGACGAGCUAACGAAGCAUCUCACGACCUUUCGCGAUGUGCUUGGCAACUGGUCGAUACAAAGAGAUACAUCUACAGCACCACUUAAAGACCCGAAUUACCCAACUCAAGAUACUUAUCGAGGUAGUUUUAGCUUAUUCAAGCAAGCCCUAACCGCUGUAUAUGGGUUUGUUGCAUUCUUAUUGGUAUUAUCCUUACUGGUUAUACCGAAGAUGAUGCCAUUGAUUAUUCCGGUGGCUAUUAUAUUGCUGGCCUGUCUCCGGAUUAGCUUUAUGUACAGUAGAUAUAGAAACCAUCACUUACUUAACAAAGUCUUUAUUGCGGUUGUUAUGUCUGUUUUGGUAGCCAUAUGCAUUCAUGCCCACUUCGUGGUGCUUACCGCCAAUACAGCAGCUUCUUAUUAUACUGCAAUGCGCUGGUCGUUUAUCGUUGUGUUCGUUCUAGAGAUACUAGCCCUGGUCUUCAGCUUGAUUUUUUCGUUAGUUAGCAAUCGACAUCGCCAAGAUCAUAUCCGUUUAGUCCGCCAGAUAUCUUGUGGCUUUUACGGCGCAGCUGGAUUACUUUUGGUUAUUGCCAAUCUGUGCGUGCUUCUUAUUCCAUUUGCAAGUGUUAUUCAAGUUGUCUGUGCCGCUAACAUCAUUUGCUUAUCUGCCAUUUGCCUCUUGGCCGGCGUGUUACUUGAAAGUCGAGUAGCUCACAACUGGGAGUAUAGAACCAAUCCAGAAGAAGAGUCUCUUAUUAAACUAAACAAAACCAUGCGCUAUGCCGCCCUUGCGGUUGUGAUAGGCGGAAUUGUCACUUUCACGGCCAUACUGGCUUAUCACCACUCAAUAAGCGCCCUUGAAGGCUUUGCCCAUAUAGAGCCUCCUGCACAGCCAGUCAUCCCUACCGGCCCAGCACCCAAGGACAUCGCCGAAGAUAACUUCGCCACCUAUCUCACUAAAAUUAUUGACUGGCUAACUGAACCCAGCACCGCAACCUCAUCUACUCCAGCCACCACAAUCCCAUCUACUCCAGCCACCACAAUCCCAUCUACUCCGGCCACCACAAUUCCAUCUACUCCUGCCACCACAACCUCAUCUACUCCAGUCACCAAACCAUUCGCCGUCUCUCUCUUUGACAGUUUCCGGUACAGUUGGAAUGAAGUCUUUCACAAACCCUAA